UUGAAGCUGAUUAUAUUUUACUCCUUUUGCUAUGUAGAAUCGAUCACUUCAGAUAAGGAACUCGAGCAAAAUCACCAUUUCAGAUACUUUCUGGAGUCUAGUCCAAUGGCGCUCUCUGGGAAGCAUCUGCUCGUUGCUGCCGGCGUGUGGGACCCCUGGGUGCUGAUGGAGCACGACCAACAGGGCCGCCUGGUGAAGUCGACCGGGAUUUUCAUCGACUUCAUGGACACGUUCGCUCACAAACUCAAUUUCACAUAUUCUCUAGUAGAAGCAGCAGAAGGAGAGUGGGGUCGAAUAUUACCCAACGGAUCAACAACUGGAAUGAUAGGCCAAUGUCACAGGAAGGAAGUUGACAUGGCUCUAGGCCCAUUCAGCAUAACAUAUCCGAGAAGCCUUCUGAUCGACUUUUCCGUUCUGUCCUACAUCGACAACAAACGAAGGUAUAUUCCUCCCGAGGUAUGGAUAGCUUUGUCAGUGGCAGUUGUUGGAAGUAUGGUACUAGGAGUCGCUAUGAGAUGGUUUGUUCAACAGUGGGGGCCAGUAAGGCUGGAGUAUGGUCUCCAGGAGUUUCGAGGAAAGAUUUGGCCACUGCUGACUUUUGAACCUGUUUGGCUGAUCAGGUUACUUCUGCUUGAAGGUGUAGAGCUUCCACCUAUGAUGCUGACUGGUCAACUGUUUAUGGGAACGUGGAUGGUAGCAACCUUAAUUCUAAGUUCAGCUUACCAAGGUGUUCUGACCUCUCUUCUGGCAAUACCGAAGGUUGAAAUUCCUGUAGAUUCUCCGCAAGAUUUGGUUGACUAUGGCAAGAUCCCUUGGGCUACCGAACGUGGAACCUCUCUUCAUCAGUUUAUUGGGGACGCUAAAUCAGGCAUUUACAAGGUGAUAAACGACAAAGGCUUACUUAUCACAGCUUCUUACGACGAACGCCACCGGAUGAAGGUUGAGAAGUUCGCCAUAUUGUGUGAUUUCUUCUCCAUGAGGAAGAUCAUGAGCGACGACUACAGUGAAACCGGCCAGUGCAACUAUUACAUUGCAAAGGAGCCCAUCUUGGUAUCAAGUGUUGCCUUUGCUUUCCCUAAGAAAAGUUCGAUCAUACCACACUUUAACAGACUGUAAGCAAAUAGAAAUACUACUAAAUUUCACGAGUUUCGGGCCUCAUAUAUUUAAAAACUAAUAUGUUUAACUGCACGAUUCCUGUCACCCUUUGCACCCGUUUUCUAUGCAUUACCUUCACAAUAUAACCCAGCCCUAUCUCACACAAUGUUUAUUUGUGGAGCGAUUAGUAUAAUGCAUCCUUAGUACUUUGUUGGGAAGACUGUUUUCGCUUUUCCCUGUCAUUUAAGAGUUACGAUGCUGAAGGAGGGCGGUAUAAUAAGCAGAUACAUUCAGGAUUUCACGGCAAAUGCUACGGCGUGCAUGGUGAGGCCCGGGAAGGAGGACGGAGUUUCUACACUGGUGCUUUCGCUGGCUGAUU